UCCCAGCUGUUAAGGGAGCUUGUGAAGCAAGCCAGAGUUCACAUGAAAACAUUUAUUGUUGCUGACUGGAAGCAAUGACUGGAGUGGAAAGCGACCGUUUUUCCCAGCACUUAGCCAAUGUCUAUUUCUCUAUAUUUGCGCUUUUCUGUUUCAAGUUAUUUGUUAAAAUUAGCCUCGCCAUUCUGAGCCACUUCUACAUAGUCAAAGGGAACCGUAAAGAAGCGGCACGAAUAGCAGCAGAGUUUUAUGGGGUUACUCAAGGACGUGGUUCUUGGGCUGAUCGCUCACCUUUACAUGAAGCAGCCAGUCAAGGUCGGCUUCUAUCCCUCAAAACGUUACUUGCCCAGGGUCAAAAAGCAAAUACAUUGACAAUUGAUCACGUUACCCCACUCCAUGAUGCCUGCCUGGGAAAACAUGUAGCCUGUGCCAAAGCUCUUAUAGAGGCAGGAGCCAAUACAAAUGCCAUCACUAUAGAUGGAGUGACUCCAUUGUUCAAUGCUUGUUCCAGUGGCAGUGCACCUUGUGUGGGCCUCUUAUUACAGAAUGGUGCAAAACCUCAAGGACUUGAGUUUUGGGCUUCAGCCAUCCAUGAAGCAGCAAGCAAAGGUCACAGUGAUUGUGUGGAAGUGCUUAUCUCCUGGGGUGUGGACAUAGACCAAGAUAUUUCUUACCUGGGAACUCCCCUCUAUGUAGCUUGUGUCCAUCAACAGUUGCAUUGUAUGAAGAAACUGCUCCAUGCAGGAGCCAGUGUCCAGAAAGGGAGACAACAGGAUACUCCAUUGCACGCUGCUUCCCGGCAGUCCAAUCUAGAUAUUGUCAUGUUGCUGCUUGACUUUGGAGCCAACAUCAGUGCAAGAAAUGCUGAAGCCAAACGACCUGUAGAAGUAGCAAUUGCAAGUAGUCCAGUGGAUAGAUUGCUUCUCCAUUAUGAAGCAACUCCAAACUCCCUCUGCCAGCUGUGUCGACUGUGUGUUAGAGGUUGUCUAGGGAGAUCCAGACUGAAUCUCAUUCCACAGCUUGAACUACCUAAAUUACUGAUGGACUUUCUGCACUAUCAGUAGCCUGCUUCUCUUGUCUACUCCCAACAAUCACUGUUGUAAGCAGAUUUAAGGUUUUGACUUUUUGUUCCUUUCUGUAUAUAGUUAUUAAAAAUUAUUGUAAUAUAGUUUGGAAAAGACAGUUAACAUUCUUUGUAUGCUUUCUCAGUCUGUGCAAACAUAUAUAGUGUAACAUGUUAUGAAAUGAGCUUGACUAAUGCCUUGUUCACAGUGAAGCCAUUUAAUUUUCUUCCCCCCACCUCUCAAAGACGUACACACUGUGAGGGCGUUUCUCUGAACGUUAAUAAACUUUUAAGUUUGAAGGCCUGAAGUCCUUCAUAUUCUAACACUUAAGGCUAUUGUCUUAAAAUGUAAAAUCAGGUGCUACAGUUCAGAGGAAAUUUAAUUUCCAAAUCAAAGACUCUUUUCCAAAAUUCUCCACAAUCUUGAGUUUAACAACCAAAUUCUUAACAACAACAAAUUGCAUUUGUAUAGCGCCUUUCACAUCAG